AUGCAGGACGCCUGGACUACUCGCAAAACUGAGGAGAUCCAAGGCUACGCGGACCGCAACGAAUGGAAGAACUUCUUCUCUGCGAUCAAAGCUGUUUACGGUCCGCCGACGAAUGGCACUUCUUCUCUCCUCAGCGCCGACGGCAACACUCUCCUGACUGAGAAGACGCAAAUCCUGCAGCGAUGGGCCGAGCAUUUCCGAGGCGUCCUCAACCGCCCCUCCGUCAUCUCCGACGCCGCCAUCGAGCGUUUGCCGCAAGUUGAGACCAACGUGGACCUCGACCUCCCGCCAUCUCUCCAGGAGACCAUCAGGACCGCGCAGCAGCUCUCUAGCGGUAAAGCACCCGGAUCGGACGCAAUCCCUGCUGAGGUUUACAAGCACGAAUGUCCCCAACUGAUGGAUCACCUGACUGCGCUCUUCCAAGAGAUGUGGCGUCAAGGUGAAGUCACGCAAGAUUUCAAAGACGCAACCAUCGGGCAUCUCUACAAGCGCAAAGGAAAUCGCCAAGUCUGCGACAAUCACCGCGGCAUCUCCCUGCUGAACAUCGCCGGGAAGAUCUUCACCCGCAUCCUUCUCAACCGCCUCAAUAACCAUCUGGAACAGGGCCUUCUGCCGGAAAGCCAAUGCGGCUUCCGUCGUCAUCGUGGACCACGGAUAUGA